ACCUUCUUUUUACUUUGUGUCAGAUGGCAGAGGGAGACAAAGCUGCCAAGAAGAAGAAGCACGGGAGCCGGAACCCGGUUCUGGCCCGGGGCAUCGGUCGCUACUCCCGGUCCGCUAUGUAUGCUCGCAGGGCCAUGUACAAGAGGAAGACCAAAACCACUGAGACCAAGGUGGAAAAGAAGAUCAAGGCUAGACCCAAGGCCACUGUCGUCAAAACCGUUGGAGGAGACAAGAACGGAGGCACUCGUGUUGUCAAACUGCGCAAGAUGCCCCGCUACUACCCCACAGAGGACGUGCCCCGUAAACUGAAGAGCCAUGGGAUCAAGCCCUUCUCCCAGCACAAGAGGAACCUGCGUGCCUCCAUCACACCAGGAACUGUCCUCAUUCUGCUCACUGGGCGCCACCGUGGAAAGCGCGUGGUCUUCCUGAAGCAGCUCUCCAGUGGUCUCCUGCUCGUCACUGGCCCUCUUGCCCUGAACAGAGUCCCCGUGUGCAGGGCCCACCAGAAGUUUGUGAUUGCCACAAACACCAAAAUUGACAUCUCUGGUAUGAAGAUCCCCAAAACCCUCAACGAUGCCUACUUCAAGAAGAAGAAGCUGAGGAGGCCCCGUCACCAGGAGGGAGAAAUCUUUGAUACAGAAAAAGAGAAAUUCCAGCUGACAGAGCAGAGGAAGGAGGACCAGAAAGCCGUUGAUUCUCAGCUGUUGCCCCUUAUCAAGAAAGUACCUCAGCUGCAAGGGUACCUGCGCUCUUCCUUCUUCCUGUCUAAUGGCGUCUACCCUCACAAGCUGGUUUUCUAAAUGUGUUGAAAUAAACAGUGACCGCUUCA